UAUUCGAUUUGUAUUUUUCAGCAUUGGGCACACUAUUUAUCACCUAGAGGCUGCACCAUUGUAAAAAGUAAAAACAGCAAUUAUAUAUUUUGACAAUCAUAUUGUUUAUGCCAAGGAACCCGACGCCCCCGAUGAACAAGGCGCCCCUCCUAAUCUGGACUCGUCCUCGCCUCGCGCCUCACUCCAGCACACGAAGACGCCCACCGAACCCCUUACUUGGGGCUCGUUGGCACUCCGACGCCCAAGUCAGAACAGUCUUUUUAGAGAGAGAAGUGAAGUGUAGUUUUAGAGAGAAGUUCGAACCUGAGUAAAUGAGCUCUACCAACUUCACUAUUUAUACCCCGGGUAGGGUCGACCACUGCCCCCCAAAUCCGCCCUACGUCAUCACCUCAUUAAAUGCAUUGUACCUUACCGAUGCCAUGCGCCCCGACAUUCUGACAUCAGUUCUCGACCCCGAGGCGCAUGACCCCACAUUCUAUCCCCUCCGUACGUUCCUGGCCGUUGCCACCUUUGUCGUUAUGCGCCUUAUGUCAUGCUCGGUCCCACCACCUAGGUUACAGCCCCCAGCCCCUUUUGGGCUGGGCCUUCCCCUUGCCAGGCCCGCACUUCUGGCCCACUUCGACUCCCUGGGCUCCUCCUUUGGGCUUCCUGCAUGCCCCCCAACAAUUGCCCCCCAGUUAGGCGUCUGCCAUUUGGUAGGGGCCUAACUACCCUCAGCGUCCCGUGAAGCGCCUCCGGGCCCUGAUUCAUGCCCUUUUUCCAUUUCUCUCCUCGGAAGCGCGCGCUUCGCCUGGAGUCUCCUUACCCGCCACUCGUUUUCUUCCCGACUGCCGCCGUCCGUGGCUCGUCUCUCUCCUCCUCCGCUGCCUUGCGCGUCAUGCCACCACUGAGCACCUACACUCCUCUCAUUAUUUACUCCCCUCCUCCUUUCUUUUCCAUUUCUCCAUUGUUAAUUAAUUUUUUAUUUUUCU